UAGAGCUGAACGGGAGCAUGUCGCUGUCCAUGGUGCUGAAAAUCUUCACAGCCAAAUAAGCUCAGUUAUGCCAAGAUCUGUCCAUGGUUCUGAAGUAACACAGACCACAGUGUCGGGUCUAAACUGUUUUUAUAUUGUUUUACACGUCUUUAUCUAAGAACUACGAGUGUGUUGGCAAGUGUCUUUUUAGAAAAGCACAUUCUUCUGAUCGAAAACUGUUGAAUUCAAGUUUCUUCAAUUAAAGAACAAAGAAAUUCAGGCAAAUGGGGAAAAUCUAGGUUGCUGUUUAUUUGUACUCUAGGAGUUGCUCACAGCUCCUUCACUGGAAAACCAAGUGAACAAAGGCCUCCGUGACACGCUUUUAGUAUUAGCUUGUCCACGGAGCCAAAAUCGUCUGUCACAUUUGCAAACAUGAGGAGACACAUGAGCGCGGAGUCCAGGCAGACAAGCUUUUUCACGGCCACUUUCCACAAACAUUCAGCUUAAACACUGCCUCAAUUAUUCAGGGAUGUGCGUGGGAAGGAUAUGUAGGGUGUGUGUGUGUGUGUGUGUUGGUUUGUGGUGAUAUAUUCAUGAGGUAAACAGGACGCCCCGCUCGGCUAGCUUAAAUCUUUUUGUCGUCUCCAUUCUAUACUUUCUUCUUAUGUCAACCUUCAUUUGCGUUUGAGAGGCUGCUGCUGUUUUCCACACAGACACAAACUGGAGCUCGUGCGUUCGAGUGCACGUGGAACAAUAAGUAUGUGAUGAAUGAGCGGGAACAAUACGCUCGGCAAUAAUUGUAUCUCUGACUUUGUUCAAGUUUGCGCACUCGUACAACAAGCGUGUGCGUCUGCAUGGAACACAUCAGUACUGUAUGUGAAUGGAUGCCAAGUCCCAGAUAUAAAUAAACCCAACCAUAGCGGAUGCUCUGACUGAGGCCAGCUCUGUGCUCUGGCAGAUGUAGCUGACAGCUGAAGCGCGCCUGUGUGUAGCGGUGUGUUAAUGUGUGUAUCUGCUGCUGUGUGCGUGUGUGGAGGGGCUGAAGCGUUUACAGUUACAUCCAUUCUGACAGUGAAUGUAAACGCACACACAAACCAGUUCUCAUGUUGGCAAACGUGAUGCUGUUCAGCAGCAGAGCUCAGAGCUGAACACUCCAUUAUUGAUCUGCUAACUCAUCUGCACAUGUAGACGUGCAAAUCGAGUGAGGGGAGUGAAGGUGCAGGGUUCGACUCCGUAAGAAGGUUCAAAACGCUUGUUAGCAGCUCCAUUUGUCAUUUUUAACUGCAUGCUCUCUGCUUGAACCUUUUCAAAUCGCUGCUGAUUUUAUUUCUUCUCCCGACGCCGGUGACGUCUCAGGUUCCCGUGGUGGAGGUGGGUGAGAAUGAGCACAGCAGCUGUCACCGGACCGUUCAUCAUGCGCCCUGAUUGCAGAAACUUUCAUUUGGUCUCACUAGACCGCAGAGCCGUCUCCCACGUGCCUCCUGGCAAAGACUUAAUGAACCUUCUCCUCGUUGCCGCUCUCUCAUAAAGUUCCAGCUGGGGGCUAAUGUUUAGUGGUUGGUGGGGGCCCGGCUGACAAUGGGUGGUUGCCAGGAAAAACAAUUCAUUCUCACCUACGGGAAAUCUAGUCAGCAGCUAACUUGACCUGCACGUCUUCAGAUAAACCCACACGCGGCAGGUUUCUCAGCAUCUGUGUAUAAAUAUAGAAGUGAAUUACAUACAUUAGCUUCUACUGUAGACAGGGACUUCAUUUGGGCUGAGCUGCUGUCUCCUAGAAUGGAGGAGUGACAUGGCUAUGAAUAGGAGCCGUUACAGUGACAGAGCUGAGCCGUCGCUGUUGAGGAGCUUGAGUUGAACUAUAACUUUGCUAUGAGACAAAGAGAUUAACAGGACUUUAACUUUCCACCAAUUAGUGAAGGGCAAAGUUAGUUAUUUGGUCCAACUUCCAGCUUUUCUUCGUCUAUUUGCUUCCCUCGUUUCUCUAAUCACGUUUCUCUUUACUGGCUCCUUCCAGAAAGUGAUACUAGCAGUUGUCUGGCAUUUACACCAGUUUGACAGGGACAACACCUCACAAACAACAACACCACCCAACACACAGAGCUGUCGCAGUCUUAUCUCCCUAUAUAAUUGAUGGCGACAAAUUCAUGGCCACAGACGGACAGCGUUGCUGACACCAGAACAAGCGCGCGGCGCAUACAGAGUAGGUAUCACCUCCAUGCCAGUAUGUGUGUACGAGUGUGCGUGCACUUCCUGACAUCCUGCAUUAAGCAUGAGGCCAGGUCUCGGGCGCAGAGACGUGUGAGUCACACUGAUUAGUCGGUGCUGCAGCGGCUGUGGAGGCAGCCUGCUGCCGCCUGGUUCGUACGCGGCGCACGGACGCGUGCGUGUGUGGGCCGCUGCGUGAUGGGCAGGUAGAGUAUUAGCCUGCGAGGAGCUAGGUCCUUGUUAGCAGGCGUCUGGCAGGCAGGUAGAUGUGGAGUGACAGAAAGGUUCACGGCGCGUGCACACGAACACACAGCGGCCGCUUCACGCUGCCGCUUUUGCUUGAAUGCGAACAAACCGACGGGUUGACUCUCAAACCAACAGUGGCGCUCAGCGCGUUGACUUGUUCAGCCAAUAUCUUAUGUGGAAAAGCCCCAUAAGUUGAACUGUACCUCCUCAUGUACAUGAUGAUGUUAAUCACUCAGGUGAGUUUAUUAGGAGGCUGAGACGAGACCUCACUGGGUGAAGGGCCAUUACAGCACAUUAGACCUGAAGGGAAGAAGACAGCCUGAACUCAGCAGGGGUCCGUGUGGCGUCUCAUCAACCCAAUAAUCUGACACAACCCUGUUUCUCCUUUGUUUUGUUUGUUUUACUGCUUUUCUGCCACCAAAUGGUGAAAAUGAAAUCAUUCACCUUUAGCAGGAAAACAUUCAAACCCUGAACUGUGGAAAGUAGCUUUGCCCUGAAAAGUGGUGCUGCUGACUGGACUUGACUCUCUUCUUCUGCUAUCUGUGCGCUACAGGCAUCUUCCUGCAGUUUUAACACGGAAACAAUGCAAGAGUCAAAGCAUGGAUUCACAGAUUACUUGGCUUGUGACACAGCACCAUCUGUGCCCAUUAGACGCUGUGACAUUCCUCACAAGAGGCCUCACAAGAAUUGUGUGGAGGCACUGAGGAAUCCCAGCCAAGUUGUGCAUGAGCGUAAAGACCUCUCCUGGGAGUCUGACUGCCAGUCCCCUGUCACACUCUGGGUCUCUGAGACCUCUGAAGGAAAAAUGAUGAGGGAUUUAAAGGACUGCAAAGAAGAGACUGAUCGUUUUCCUAACUCACUUGAAUUUUCUUGGCAACUUCAGUAAUGAAUGUCUGAUAUUCACUGAGAUAUUUGUCAUUUUUGUACUAACAGCUGUAGUCGCCCGAGAAUAUUGUGUCAGGAUUUAUUUCCAAGGCUACAGUUCAAGACCUAGUCGUCGGUAGUUACAGUGUUCAGUAUGUUAGUGGUUCUUAAUGCCAGUGCUCACGACUACCUGGAUCAGGUGUCAGUCACUCAAAUGUAGCACAGGCAUAACUGGAAAACAGUUACUGAAUGAUGGGGUCUAAGAACUAGUGAUGAAAGCAAACCCUGGGCUUUGAUUUAGAAAUGAUGAUGGUUUCUGGCACAGAAAAGUGUCUGACUGAUAGAACUGCAUAGACACCAAAAGCUUGAGGUCGCCUAAAAACCUGAUUUUGAUUAAAGUGAGUACUUUUUGCAGCGGUUAUAAAAGAGUCUAUAAGGAGUGAGUGUUUGUUUGUCAGGGGAAGUACCAUAAAGUGACAGAUGGCAUCUGACACAGGCCUCAUUUGCUGGAACAUGGAGCCAACAGACCAAGAGGUGGACAUAAACAAACCAACAGCAUUGCUCAGUCAUCAGUCCAGGCAUGCACUUGGCAGGAAGUCUCGGUUCCAUAAUCGCUGUGUUGUGCUGCUCUGGGUACAGUUUAUGCCUUUAAGUUUUCCUGUAGGCAACUGCUGAUGCACGAAAGAGCUGGGUUUUAAUUUUUGCUUCCAAAUCACCUCCCAGUGUUCGAGCUGCAUAGGAUUUUACUGUUGGGGAUGAAAAAGGACUGACCUUUCCAUAAUAGUGUUGUAGUCACGCCCUGUUGAGCCACACUCCUGGUUCUGGGGGUUCGCUGUGCUGCAGCAGGUCACACGCCUGUGGCUCAGGUUAGGUGCUUACAGUACGUGGUGGUUCCCUGAGGUAAUGGUUGGUGAAGCUGAGGAACGAGCAGCUUUUGCAAAUAGUUGCUUUAAAAGUGAGAAAGAAGGAUGAUGAAAAUGCUAAUGUGCUGCUCCAAAACCUGUGUAUUUAAACCUCCAUUUGUCUGUUCAGGUUUGGAUUAGUAAUAACAAAAGUAGAAACCACCCCAGAAACACAAGACCCCAGCUUCGCUGUGCAUUUUAUUACUGAGCAUCACAUGCUAAUGCAAAGUAUUAACUUUACUGAAGGUCGACUUCUGCAUAUUUAUGUAAAGUGGAGGCUUUGGAGAGAACCCUGUCGAACAGGAACAUCAUUUCAGUGGAUUUUUGCUUAGGGAGGAGCCACAUCGUAAAAAUGAGCAGGAGGAUCAGGUCACACAGCCUUGGUCUGUAACUGGUCCUACAUGUAGACCAGCCCAGUGCAUCAAUGCUUCAACCUCCCUGGAAACUACAAUGCUAUCAAAAUAGCACAUUUGCAUUUUAUUUUGAUUUUGGCCAGAAUAUAAGCUGCAACAUAGUUAUGGAAAUAUCAUCCUAUUGUUGAUCCAUACACACUGGGAGCGCUUUAUUGCCACCAACAGUUCUUUUCUUGAGGGUUUCAAUCGGCUUCCACUGAACGCAUCAAGGCUUUUCUCCUUCUUUCCACCAACAAUUUAAUGCCUCCCAUUCUAACUAUGUGGCCCUUAAAAGGCCCUGCAUCAACAUUCAUGAGCACCACAGGCUUCAGAAGGAGGGCGACAAAACAAUACAACAGCUAAUAAACUUAGUAAAUGCACACACUCACGUCCAAGCUGGGUUGCAGGGUUCUGGGGUACCUAUUUCUACUGCCCUCUGCCUCCCCCGGGUUGGGGGGGUUGGUCGGGGCUCGGGAGGAGCUGCGGUCCCUGCCUGGGGCCACAUGGACGGCAGGCCGGAGACCUACCCUCCCCACGAAUGUGAUCAAGCGAAUGGUGUGGGUGGGAGAAUGUAUCUGAGAGUGCAUUGGUUCACGUAUGAUUGACUAGUUUGUUGUGAGAGAGUCUAUGGUGUGUGUGUGUGUUGAUGUGAUGAUGUGUGUUGCACAUGUGGAUGGGUGUUUGCGUCUGUGUUUGUGUGAGUUGGUAUGCGUGUGGUGCGGUUGAAGUGUGGGGGGUCCGGUUUUUCGCCCGGGGUACGAUGAUCGUCUGCCUGGGUGGUCUCUUUUCUGCUGACCCCACCAAUUGCUGGCCUUGUGCUGCAGGCCGCUGUAGCGCCAGGGGAUGAGGUCGGGCCGAUGGGGUAGGCCCCGCUCCGCUCGUGUGGGGGUGGUGGACUGGGGGCGGGCCCCACUCUGGGCGCGGGGGCAUCUUCUGGCGGGCUCCCUACGGACCGUGGGUCCUCGGGCUCUACUCUUUCAGGCCGACCCUCCCGCCGGGGGGAGUGUUUGCCCCUGGUUCCCAUGGGGCGGACAGCGUUGACCCCCGGUGGCCCACUUUGGCCUCGGGUGCUGUCUCUGUGGCUGCUGCAGCUCUGCCUGGGGGGCUCUGUGUGGGCGGCUUGGGUCGCAACACCUGCCCUCCUGGAACUGAAGGUGUGUGGGCUCCCUGGCUGCUGGGAUUCCUUCCUCUGCUUGCUGGAUGGGCGUAGUGGUGGAGCCCCUCACAUCACCCUGGCUUCCACAAGUGGCAUUGUUCAUGCACCAACGUCUGCCUCACCCUUUGGGUGAAUAAUGUUAAGCUACAGCCUUACUAACCUUGUAGUGGGACACUUUCCAAAUCCAACUGUAAGUAUUAUUGAUACUUAUCACUACCAAUAUGAAUAAUGUGUGAAUAUGGAAUUUGUGGUGUUGUAUGUCAUGACUUUUAUUAAGUAGUAUGGGAUAUGUAUAAUAAUGCACAUAUGUAUGUAUAUUGUAUGUAUAUGUUUGUAUUAGUAUGUGCACAUACCUUAGCACUAUUAUUGGUAUUAGUAUUAAUCUCCAAGGUAAACCACAGUACAAAAAUUGUUUAGUUAUGAAUGUGUUAGCCUAAGGUACAUCCAUGCUUCUUAUUUAUUUAUUUAUUUUUAUUUAUUUUUUUGCUCCGAUUGUUUACUUAACAGAUUUGCUUGGUUUCAGCAGCUGGUUGCACCCCUUAUCCCCCCUCCCCCCCCCACCCUCCCGCAUACACACCCUAAAGCAGAAACCUAACCUGUCCACCAACACAGCAACAUCACACACAUUUUGGAUUAGCUAAAUAAACCAUUAAAUAAACCAUAAAUCAGGAAGAGUAUAUAUAUUCUAUAUAUACUCUUCUUGUUAAAGCAAAGCUGUCCAUCACAAUAUGGCAUUCAGCGUAAUAUAUGCUGCUUGCUUAACUGCUGGACAGAACAAAAAAAAAUAAAUAAAUAAAAAAAUAAAAAAAAUAAACUUAGUAAAUGCAACACAAGUACCGGAUUCAGAAGUCUUUAAAAUGAAAUGCAAGUUGUUUGACAUAUUCAGAAGGUUGGGAACGCAUCGGAAUCAGAGAGGUCUCAGACGGGAUUCCAUUCAAUUAUAGAGGGACUCUAAAUGUUUCUCCCCCCGUGUAGCUGUGCGAGUCUGUUUAUGCAUAUGCGCAGCAGGUGGUGACAUUUUAAACCGUAAACAAACACGAACUGGUUGGUUGAUCUUUGUCCUUGACUGAACUACAGGGAGAAUAAAAUUUGGCAUUUUGUAUUUGCCACUAAGAGAAGUCAUUUUUCCUGCUUCAGAGCUCCACACCUACACAGGUGUUUGGAGUUAUUAAAGACUACAUUUCUUCUCAUAUUGCCUGGGGCUAUUCUGGGAGUUUCUGAGGUCAUUAAGCUCUGUGUAGUAAUAAGAGCGUUAAAGCUGCAAGUUGCCUUUGAAACUUCAGCAAAAUGGCCUGGAAGGAAACUGAUGUCUGCCUGCGUUUACACAGUGUGUCCCAGCACAGUCUCAGAUUACAUUUAUGCCAAACUCUUGUAUGUUUAUAACUUAAAUUCAAAAUCUCAGCGUUGUUUCAGCAGAAGAUCACUGAUGCACAAAUGAAUGUUUGUGCCAAAUUGAAGUAAAUGUCCUCCAGGUACAGUAAAAGGACUGAGAGGCUUGAUGUUUAGGACAUGAGGUCACAGUCACCAUAAUCAUUUAACAUCAAUACAUAAUCAGGUCACUCCUGAGCCCAUCUGAACAUUUGUGCAGACCCCAAGGCAAUCCUAAUUAUCUUCACAGGAAUGGGAGCAUAAUUAGUAUGGACAUCCUGAAAACGUACAGUAAUGGCUCCGGUCACGCUGUCGCCAGACCUCAGACAUAAAAAGGCUUCACGGAUGACACGCUAGCAGGCGGUGUCGUCUCCUAAAGCAAAUCAAUGGGAGGAAGAACACACAUCGAAGCGUAAAUGCAGACCUGAUGUAAAUUGAUAUAAAGUAGGAACCAAUUUAAUUAAUGUCCACAAAUAGCAACAGUUUCAUUAAGUGUCUUUUUGCUCUGAAAUGUGGCUGCACUUCUAAAAGCUGAAAACUAAAAACGCUGAACUUUCAAGUGUAUCAACGUACGCAGCUAUUAAACAGGGGAAUCACCAGCAACUAGGCCACCGAACAAGCUAGCUGCUGUGCUAACAGGAGCACAUGCUAGGUACAAGGCUGCCUCAGCCUUUCAGAAGAAACCGUCAAACUUCGCCUCCUUCCUCUUAUCGACAGGCUGCAUCCACUCCACUUUAAAACAAACCAUAUGCUUCCUCUGCAGCAUCAUUGCAGCCAACCAGUGAGCUAGUUAGCAUGCUAUGAUAGCAUACAUGCUAACUUAACAUGCAUAGCUAUUCAUGCUAGAGUCACCAAGCAUUUUGCCAACAAGCUGGUUCUCCAGCGCUGCUUGGUUUAACAGAUAUCACCAUAAAACACACAGCUUCUUGACUUCAUGCCAGUUUAGAACUUACCUACAAACUUGUUCACGGCCUCGUUUGCUUCUGAUCCCCAGGUCUACACUGAAACUCCGGCCCAGUCUGCAGUGUCAGCCAUUUUCACCUGCUGCUUCAGGCUCCACACUUUCCAACCUCAGCUUCAGGGACCUCAGCUUCUAAUCGUCGCUUGGCCUCCAGCUGUGUAGCUGUUAUUCACCUUAACAUUCUACACACUACGGCAGCCGUGCAAGUCGCUGAAAUCUGGGUGAUUUCAAAAAAGCAACCUUCAAGUCUAUUUAAAAUUUCCUUAUGAGGUUAAACAGAGUCAGUACAACCUGAAUAUAGUGUGAGAGAAGAGGCUGGCAGCUGAAAAGGCCACGUUCAAAUCAAACUGCUGCAUCUGCAGCUUUAAAGAACCAGGAAGCCGCCAACUGGGUUCCGUUUACCUGCAGUUACAACGCGGUCAUUUGGUUUCAUGGACAUCUGAUUUCAUUUUUAGAUUUCUAGAUUAAGUGCACUUUCUUAGAAAUAGAAAAUAUGUGUGAAGUGGGGAAUGUUGGUGCUUUUAUCAGUAAAUGAGUUGUUUUCUUUCACAGAAUAUAGAACAUUCCUGAGUCAAAAAGCACCAUCAAGGUAGUAAAUUAGAGUCGCAUGUGUCCUGAAUACGUUGCUCAGAAACGUUAACAAUCUCAAUAACCAACAGUCGCAUACAUGCGCCAGUCAUCAGUACUCAUGAAUAUGCAAUUAGAACAAUUUGAUCCGCACUGUUGCCAUCACACCUACAGUACAUGGCUGUAUUUGUGAUUCCUAUUUGCAUUUGUCAAAUGGCAUUUGUUGUGAUUCAUUAACACACACACACACACACACACACACACACACACACACACACACACACACACACACACACACACACACACACACACACACACACACACACACACAUCUGUCUGGUCCUAAACGUUACAGUUAAAGCACUGCCUCAGACACAGUGGAGCUCACUGACCUUCAGACAUCACUGUGUGAUCCAGAAUCACACAGAGACACCAGCAGCAUCAACCCACAAAACCCAUGAACACAAGUUUCUCACAAUAGUUUUUGACUUUCCCUCUCUAAUCUUGACCUACUGUAUCUGAUGUAUCUAAAUCAAUGCUGUCCUUCUGGUGUGUGGACUUGUGAGUUUUCUCUAGUGCAUCUUUCUGCUGAGAAAACUACGAAGCUCAUACUGAAGGUUUCUGAUCUGCUCCCCUCAGAAUUCUGCCUUUAGUCUCUUCUUCACUGAGCUUAUAAAUGUCUGAUGAGUCCAUGAGAAGCAGCAUGAAGCCUUUUUGGAGGACACAAACUAUAGAACCUCGGACGAUAUUUCAGUUUAGUUUGCUCCAACUUAAGUGAUAAAAGAGAAAAGCAUGCAGGAAAAAGAUGAAUAUUUCCACAGGAUCACUGUUCCCUCCUUCACUGUGACAAGGACGCAUCGGUCUCUCAUCGAACCUUUAAAGACCUUCUUGACACUGAUGCUAAAAUGCUCAAGGCUUAGAAUUAUAUGUGUCCUUAUAUUUAAAAAAGUAUUUAUAAGUCAACGAGCCGGUGAACGCGUUUGUGUUUAGCUGCAAUCUGAUUCCAGUCAUUUCAGUGGUCACAGAGACUGGGAGCGUUUUUGUUUGUCAUUCUGUACAGUAUGUGUGUAUUUGACGUGUGUUUAUGACAGAAGGGGCAGGGAGCAGAAAUCCCAUUAACAGUUUGAGCUUGAGAGGGAAGUGAAAUAGUUUUUUAAAGGUCCCGUUAUCGAGACGAGCUGGACAAUUACCAUCUUCCCACUGAAAUUGCCUUUCAAUGUCCUUACACCUCCAUGUCCUUUCAAUGCUCCCCCUCAUAUACACCUCUCUAUGCUUCCACCCCCCCCCCCCCCCCCCCUCCUACUUCCUGCACCUUAUCUUUUCACAUUUAUUCGUCUUCCCUCCUGUUUCACCUCUCUUCUCUUAUAUUUCCCCCUUCUCUUCCUGCAGCUCCUGCUGCUCUCCACUUUGACAUUUUUCUUCCCCAACUUUGGCCUUAAUUUAAUUUUCUGCACCAUUAAUACUAAGCUAAGGCCUUAUCAGCCUGAUUUGUGGCCCAGUCCGAGAGGAGAAGUCUUUUCCGGGGCCUUUCCGUAAAUCAAAAUGGUGGCUCAGCCUGUGGAUAGGAGAAAAGCUGAUGGAUGGAAUAAAUGGGCGAAUAUACGGUAAGCCCGGCCCAAAGGAGCAGGCUCACAUAUGCGGGGGAGCACACGCUGAUAAUGCCAAGAAAGGUUCUGGCUGCAGAGACUGCUGUAAUUGACAGUAUGAGGCGUAUCCAUCCUUGCAUGAAGACCUAACUGCAGCUUGUCUAGAACCAGCGAGAGACACCUUCCCACUGCUGCUGCCUCAACCCAACAGCGAUUAUACCACGAAGACCCACAGCUAGAAGCCAGAAAAGUCUGGGUAAAGAUGGACCAUCACAUACUUUUAGAGUUGGUUUUAACUCUUGAUCAAGUUUAAUACUGAGCGACCGCAUAACUGGAUGCGUUGCAGAUGUUCCUCCUGUGCUUCUCAGCAGCGGUGAGCUGAUGUCAGUCAGUAGAUGCCUGUGGCCUGUGAUCAUGCAGCAUUAAGCUGUGCCGUUUGUCAGCCUCUCUGCUCGCUCUAAUUGAGCCUAACGCCGUGUGAUGGAGGCGUCUCUGGGCCGAGCCGUGUGUUGGCUGCUCUUUGAUGCUGCAUUGCUGAUGUGGAGGCUCAGGCCCACAGCCGCUGCCUCGCUCUUUGUAACGCCGUGUUUUGCCUCCCAGGCUCUGAGACAAGGCUGGAAUGUAAUAAAUAAUGAGUCGAACCCUGAGACAUAAUUACACAGUACACGACUACACAGCAAAGGCUGAAUGAGGAACAGGCUCUGGCUCGUGGACGUAGUGCUGUAUGGCUGGUGUUUUCCAAACGGCAUUGCAUUCAUUUCCUCCCAGGUUUCCUCUGCAUUGAAGCAGGAGGAUGGUUUACAGCACGGACGCUGAAGGAACGCUACAGCAGGGAGUUGAUCCGGGGCCGAGGCUCCACCGAUAACAGUCUAAAGCUGCUGUUAUUUCAUUCCUGUAGUGAAUCAUUUCUCACCUACCUGAUACCAUAAUGCAGUUAACUACUGAAUAGAUUGAAGCAAAUGAAUAUUAUUUUUCAGCUGUGUAAUUGGACAGACUGAAACCUGCUGGCGUUCUCUGGAUGCAACGUUUAGAGCGACUUGUAAUUCUACUGUUUGAUUUCCCCCGUGUUUGUAAUGGCUCUGCUACUGGAAGCCAUUAGACCUCUGCAGCCACCGAUCACACGCGCUGACGUCUUGCAGCAUGCGCAGCCACACUUUCCUCUCCUGCUUCCUCCUCGUUUCGCCCACGUCUCCUCCUCCUGGUCCUAGUGGCCAGAAAUAAUCGACGCGCUCCAAGCGACCUGCUUAUUAAAUAACCAGCGAUCGCUCAGAAUGGGGCUCUGCCACUGCUUUGUGUUCAGGUUCGGAUCAGAUGCACUUUGUUUGAAGGGGGUUCUACUGUAUGAGGUGCUUAUUCUGGGUGAAACAGUUUAAUUCGUAGCGUAUUAUUUACAUACGUUGGCCGAUCUUGUUCAUUCAUUUUCUUGAUUCUCAGAUCCAAAUAAAUGCUGAGCAGAUUAAAACAAAUCAUCUGUUAUGUGUUCCAUGUGAAAACCCAGAGAAGACGCCACCUUUCAACCUAUCUCUCCCUUUUUACUGAGUCCAGCUUUGACCACAAAUUGGCACUCGGCUGAGUCUGGCAGCGCGCUGCAAAGCCGAGUGUUGUUUUUCACCCUGUUCUCAUGCAGCGAGCUGUUGCAGCGCUUGUCAGCUUUUUUAGAACCAUCAUGCUUUAGUUGCUCAUUCACUCAUCUCCACAGCCGAUAUUUUCUCAGCUUAGCUGCAGUGCUCGAACUCAGGCCACUUCAACCUCACACAUGCAUCAGAAGAGCUUUCCAAGAAGGAAAAUUAUGAAAAUGAUAUUUAUAGCACACAUUGUAGGAAAUGUUCCAUCUAGAACAGGGGUGGGUGCUGUAAUUGUGGUCCUCGAGGGCCACGGCCCUGCUGGUGUCCCAGCUCUUCCUGCCACAGCUACCGGUGAUUACCUUGAUCAGUGUUCAGUCAAUCAGCAGCUGGAAAAGCCAACUGACACCCGAUCAAGGAAAUCAGCAGAGCGUUGGGAAACCAGUAGGACGCGGCCCCUGAGGCCUGGGAUUGUCGGCCCCUGAUCCAGAGAGACCUCUACAGCUCCUCCUUGAUGGCGAUGGCUAGUGACAAUUCAUAAAAUACUCAACACCCAGUAUUUAAAUACCAGGUUUAAACAGCCUGGGUGUUGGAGUUUAAACAAACCAAAGUUUCAUGGAGCCCAGUAGUCUGUUAUCAGAGGCUGGAAAGUGGUCGUCCUGUGGCACCUAGCUGCCAUUUCAGCUAAUUAGCUCAACAUUAGUGCACUCAGCAAGCGUGUAAAAUUCAUAUAGCUGUCAGAUGGCUGACACUGGGAGGUGAGUGAGCAGAUGGAGGCACAGACAGAUGAACGGAGCCAGGGAGUGUUAUUGAAAACAAUGGGAAGACAACACGACAAUGUGAAAGGAAGAAGUAGGAGGUUGAGAGGACACACAGACAGACGCAUGAGGCUGAACCCUCAUGAUGUUGGUUGAACGACUGCAGUAGGCAAACCAAAAAUAGUCUGAACGUGUUUGUUCCUCAUGAAGCUGCGCUUUAAUGUACUGCUCACGUAAUUACACUUGUUUCACCCCCGCCUUCAAAUUGAGCUUGAAAUGGCUCUAAAUGCAAGUUUUCACUGCUUCGAUGGAAAUCGGUAUUGUGUCAAACAGAGUUUCCGUAGGGCUCAAUUAUCUGCAGCAGGUGUGUUUGAGAUAAAACACAUCAAAGUCCUAUGAGUUUGUAGAGUGUCACGUUUGAUUACAUGUUAUAAACAUACUUUUGUAAAAAAAGGAGUUUCAGGAGCAUAAGGUGCUUAAUAAAUAAACAGAAGCAUCACUAAAGACCAGGGAACUGGUGCACAAACGUGGAGAAUAAGAAUGAAGCAGCCGUGAUUAAAGCCUCGCUCCGUACGGCGGAGGCCUGGUCAUGUCCUGGGGCUGCUUUACUUCUCAUGACUCACUCAAUCACAUGUUUGGCUGAAUUCAUUCCCUCAUUUGAUACUUUCUGAUGAACGUACAUUGUGAAAUCAUCCAUUUGUUCCAUUUUCUUGUUUAGUAUGUAUUUUUACUAUUGAUCUUCAGCUUAGGUUUGCAACCGGAAACAUGUUGCUUGGCUCCAAACCACUUUGCAAAUGUUAUUUCUGGUAAAGACUUCAUGGCAAUUACACCAUGAAAGUAAAACGUUCGCCUGAUCAAAUAAGAGAUGAGUAGAACGGUGAUUGGUAGAUGGUAGUGGAAGGACAGCUUAGACCAGGGGAGGAGAUAUAAAUCCUAUUAAGGUGGUAUUAAUGUUCUUAAGCAUACUGAUAGCUGCUGUGCAUGCAUGUGUGUGUGUGUGUGUGUGUGUGUGUGUGUGUGAGUAUAUAUGGGUGUGUGUGAGUGCAGCAGUGCUAUAGGCUCAUUAGGCUACAGGGGAGAAUGGCUAAAAGGAUUAAACUGACAUGGAUUAUUCACGCAUGAAAUACUGGAAGCAAGGAGGUGGAGAGAAAGGGAAAUUGAGAUGGUCUGAAUAUGUAAGAGAAAUUAAGAUUAUAAAUAUGGAUGUCUAGGAAUAUGUGGCAGAGGGAUGAAAAGGGGAAACGGCAGAGAAGAGAUGAGGUCUGAGAUUUAAGACUGAGCUUGAGAUUGUGAAAUCCGUCAAGUGUAACGGAAUGAGGAAGUAGACGGAGGAAGGGAGAGAGGAGGGUGACAGAUUGGGACAUAAACACGAGCAGGAAGAUGAAAGAGAGACGCGGUGGAAGAUAAAACCGGAGCAGCGCUGGCAGGACACGGAGUGAGUGAGAGGACGACGGGACAGAAAGGGACAAAGGAGGAGCCGCCGCUCUGCAGCCACCUCUCCGUCACGCGACCAGACCUGCUGCUGGGCAGACGCUUUGUGCAGAGGUCCCACAUGGCUGUGAGCACAUCUGCCUCCACGUUCGGCUGCUGAGCUCAAGUGCAGGAACCGCAUCCUGUUCUUCGUCUGAGCUUUGGCGCUUUGGCCUUUGGACAAACAUCCAUUUGCUGGGACGCCACCUGUUUCCCCGCCUGAGUGGAUGCAGGGAAAUCGGAUCCAGUAGCUCCACCCGACAUCGUCUGGGAAAAUAUCAGCACAUAAAGCGUCCAAAGCUGUUGAUGCUCCGUGUUCAGACCCAGGAGGCUCCGCGAGUGCUCCAGCCCAUCACCAGAGUCCUCAAACAAGCAGGACUUCUCCUUCCUCACCCUGCACUUCACUUAAUCCACUAAAGUAGAGGUUGUCCUCAUUUGCUCCGUCUCCGUCGGCCGUCAACCCUCCUGCAUUCAGGUGCAUGUUCGGCUUUCAUCGCUGGCAACUGGCAGACGAUCUGACAACAUCAAGCUCAAGGCUUUCUAUGAGAGGCUGGACGUGGUCGCCUGUGCUGUCUGGGGCCAUGAGUAGUUGCUGGGGGGACACCCUCCAAAACCCGCCGACGUGGAACACCUAAAAUGGGGACCAGACUCAGCGCCGCGCUGCCAGCUCAGCUCUAGUCACCGCUGAGACGACCUUGCGUUGGGAUUUGGCUCCACUUAGAUCUGACCCGCUCGCCUCUGACCCGCAGCCUUAGCUGAUUUGUAGCUGCUGCUCUCUGCCUUCCACCAUUAAACUCUCCGUUCCCGCUGCCACUGCGCUGACUUUAAACGCACCUCGUCCCCACCAUGGCCGGACGACUGCGUUCGUCCUGCCUGUCUCCCAACCUGCUUCUUUCGCUAGCGCUUCCUGCACUCCUGCUCCUCCAUCUGCCGUGCAUGGUGAGAGGCGACUGCUGGCUGAUAGAGGGGGAUAAAGGAUACGUGUGGCUGGCUAUCUGCAGUCAGAACCAGCCUCCGUUUGAGACCAUUCCCCAGCAAAUCAACAGCACGGUUCAUGACCUGAGGCUGAAUGAGAACAAAAUCAAGGCUGUGCUCUUUAUCUCCAUGUACCGCUUCACAAACCUCACUGACCUCAAUCUAACCAAGAAUGAGAUCAGCUACAUUGAGGACGGGGCCUUUGCUGGACAGGCAAACCUACAGGUUCUUCAGCUGGGCUACAACAAGAUGACCAACCUGACUGAGGGCAUGUUGAGGGGUCUGGGUCGAAUGCAGUGCCUCUUCUUGCAGCACAACCUCAUCGAGGUCAUUGCCACCAAUGCCUUCUGGGAGUGCCCCAGCCUCAGCAGCCUGGACUUAUCUUCCAAUAAGCUGGCGCGUCUUGACCCAUCCACCUUCACCGGCCUCAGCAGGCUGAUGGUGUGUGAACUGGCAGGGAACCCGUUCCACUGUGGCUGUGACCUCUACACCUUUCUCACUUGGCUGGAGGACUUCAACAACGUGACCCACACAUACGAUCGCCUUCAGUGUGAAACCCCUGCAGAAAUGACUGGGUAUCCCCUCCUGAGCCCAGUGCCCGGACAUGGAAGGAACGCUCGGUACAAGCUUCUGUCUAAGUGUCACGGAGAUCCAAUGGAGAUCACCUCCCAGCCGCCAGACGACGGCGGCUCAGGGAUGGUUGACAGGCCGGAUCAGGGCGUUUACCGCCAGCCCACCAUAUCGUCCACCGCUGACCCCAACUAUAAAAUAUCUAUGAAGCUUCAGACUGUCUCCUUCUAUACAGCUUCGCUACUUGUGCAAAUACCCCAACCGUACAGUAAGAUGUACGUCCUGUCUCAAUACAACUAUACUUUUGUUAAAGACAUCAUGCCCCUAAAAAAAUUGAGGGAGCUAGUCACUCUAGACAAACUCAAACCACACACCAACUACAGUUUUUGCGUGGCUUCUGUGACCAAAUCUCAACACUACAAUCACACCUGUCUGUCCUUCAUGACACGAGCUGGACCAGAAGACCAGCGGACCAAUCCCUCCACAACCACCCACUACAUCAUGACCAUCCUGGGGUGUUUGUUCGGCAUGGUCAUUGUGCUUGGAUUCGUCUACUACUGUCUCAGGCGGCGACGCAUUCAGGAAGAGAAGGAGAAGGCAAUUAGUGUGCAGAAAACUAUUUUAGAAAUGAGGUACGGCCCAGAGGCAGCUGCAGCGGUGACCAAUGACCAAGGGGCCAUGCAGCGUCUCCAGGAGCAGGCCCACCACCCGCACCACCAUUCAGGAGGAUCUGGAGGCAAGUUGCCUCCAUCUGCCUCCUCAAGCACAGGCAUGCUCCACGGCUCAGCCAACACUAGUUCUUCCCGCCUUUCCACUUUGCCACAGGUGGAAAAAAUGGCGACGGCUUUCUCCGAGGCAAUGGGUGGCAAAAGCAACUACAUGGAUGUGAGAACGGUGGGAGUGACAGGGGAUGGCCGGGAGGGCGGACUGGCAGCUGGAGGAGCUGGGGUAGGAGGCGAAGUAGUUGUGGAUAUGCGAAGUGGGGCUGAGAAUGGAACAGAGGCUGGGGAGGAUUCAGAUGAUGAUGGCCGUGGCUCAGCAUCAGAGAUCUCCACUAUUGCCAAGGAGGUGGAUAAAGUGAAUCAGAUUAUCAACAACUGCAUCGAUGCCCUGAAGCUGGAUGCAUCUGCUAAUGUUGUGACCACAGCUGACAAUACCAGCUCUGUGUCCUCCUCUCAGUCUCCAGCUUGCAUCGCGUCCCUCCCUCGGAACCUUCUGCCCCUCUCCGCUUGCCCCCCUGGAGAUCAGAUCAUGGCCUCCUCUCCAAAGGUACAUUCAAAACCUCACCCCCAGUCUCAUCCUCAUGCUCAUGCUCAGCCACAUGCUCAGUUACAUCAGCAGCCUCACCCACCUUCCAUGGCCCCAGUGCCACUGGUUAUGCCCCUGUCUGAGCGACCUGGCAUCAGUGGUGGGGGGUUCCUCUCCCCUCCUUACCGUGACCCACCGCCAGCCAAUGCAGUUCGACCUCUUCAGAGGCAACUAAGUGCAGACACAGCUGUGGUGAAGAACCGCUGUACCCCAGCUGCAGGCUCUGUCAAGAGCGCAAGGGUGUAUAGCGUUGACAUUCCUGAGCAACGCAGUGAUCCCCCAAAGUACCCCACAGAAAAGAGCAGCCCCGUGGGUUGUGGAGGAGGGGGUGGAAGUGGAGGAGGAGGGGGCUGCAAUGGGAAUGGGAUAGGGAACAUAAAUGGCGGAGGAGUUAGCAUAAAUGGGGCAGGAAUGGGCUGUGAUAAUGGGAGGGGAGGAGGGGCAGUGGGCUCUGGGCAACAGCAGCACCAUUUGGAGGUUCAGCCAGACUACCACAGCUCUGAGCACCGCCACUCCUUCCCUGCACUCUAUUACGAGGGUGGCAGCGAGUCACCUACACAGGCCCAAAAGGCCUCAUUCCUCAAGCCACUGGGACGCUCCAAAAGGGAUGCCACAGCAGCCUACUCCCAGCUCUCCCCUUCUCGUCACCACAACUACAACUCUGGCUACUCCUCCAGUCCAGAAUACUCGUCUGAGAGCACACUGCGAAUUUGGGAGCGAUUCCGGCCUUACAAGAAGAGCCCCAGAGAGGAAGCGUCUUACAUAGCAGCUGGCCACGCCCUGCGAAAGAAAGUGCAGUUUGCGAAGGACGAGGACCUUCACGACAUUUUGGACUACUGGAAGGGGGUGUCUGCCCAGCAGAAGCUGUGAGCUGUCGAAGCAGAUAUGAUGCAGAUUGUGUGGUCGGAGGCCAACAGCAGACUAAUAAAGGGAAAAGAUGUUCAUGUAGCAAGAUGGACAAUGUUUGCUCUGAGGUUUGAGUGAAAUGGACCAUUGUACUGCUGGACCUGAGGGUAAAGAGGAAUUUCCUCCGAUUUUAAAAUUGAUUUUGUGAUUAUUCACUGACAUUUAAAAGUCAUUUUCACGAAUGGCUAUAAUACUGAGUAACAAAUAAUAAGAGUCCAACUGGUCACCAGGCUGUCUCACACUGGGCACUUUGGUCCUCUCACACUUCCAGAAACCCUCCGAGUUAUUUCUACUGAGCAAGCAAAUGCCUUCUACCUCAUAACUGGCACACUGUAGCUCAGCUAUCUCAGCAGAAGCAGCCCAACUCAUGAUUUAAGCCCCAUCCCUCUUUCUCUAAUCCCAUCAAACCACCAUUUACAAAACAAUAAUUCCGUGGCACUGCCAACACCUGCUCGCCUAUAGAAACAUCAUUUACAGAGUUAAUGAGGGUGCAGGAUGAGGAAUUAUGCACGCUUGUUUUAGAAUAGCCUGAAUCUCCCUCUUUCGGAGGGAACAUUAAGGGAUACUUAUGUGUCUAAUUGUUCUCUUGGAAUCUAGCCAGUGCAAGACUACAUGCAGGAGUCGUGCAUCAGUGAUGGUUAUUGAUUCAAAGCUACAUAUGUUUAGUCUUGUACAGUAUGUACUGCAGUGUUUGUAAAAACUGUUGUGAUUGAUCAUGCGUGUGCGAUCGCAGGGCUGAGGGGUUUAUUAUUCUCUGUCUUCUUCAUGACAGCAGAGUUGAUAACGUGGUGCAGAUGCUUUGCAUGCGUCUGUGCGUGCGGGUGCUUGGCCCUGCUUACCUGCCGAUCCAGGUAGCGAGAAAUAAACCCUUUCAAGACCCGCAGGCGCAUUUGUCUCCUCACCCAUUUCUUAUUUACAGGUGUAGCACAUUUCCUUUGAUAAGCAGAAGCAAUGCAGUAGUACAUUUGCAUUUCAAUAGCUCAAGUCAUGGUGAAAUUACUUCAAGGUGUGUUGUGCAGGUUGGCGCGAUGCGUGUUAGCUCCUAUUUUAAUGAACCUGGUUAUCACAUUUAGCUACAGCGGCAGAUUGGGAGCAGGUUAGAGGUUUGCUGUAGCUGCAUCUUACUUUGAGAGGGAGACAAGAUAGGGUUGAGCGCACUUUCAGCUCGAGACGUAUCGGCUCCAGGCAUGGCUGCAAAAAAACUUCAAAUAUGUCAGCUGGGCCCUGCGCUACGUGGUGAGAUAAAGUGGAAGGUAAAUGGUGUGAAGGCCUGGGGGAACGUACUCUGGACGACUCCCCACUCAGUGUGUUUGCCAUGACCCUGCUCUGCUCUGGGUGGGAGCUUGUUUGGACCAAAGUGCCCUCGGCAGGAAUGAUUCAACAAGUUUUUCAUUAUGUUUAUUUGCCUUUCCAUCAUAAACUGAGAAUAUGAUUGUUCCACUGAGCAAGACAUGAGCGAUAUUCAAAUUGUUGGUUAUCUUAUUAAGGAUUGUGAGCUGAAUUAAUGCUGCCACAAUGAAACAUAUUUAAGCAAACAGGAGCAAGGUUUGGUGCACAGACCAAAUGUGACACACUCAUGGCACAUGCUCACUCCCAUCCUGAUGCCCCACAUGCAGAACAGACGCAGCUUCGUUAUUUGUUUAUUUCUGGACCCAUGAACUACUGAUUUGUGGUGUUUCCUGCUCUCACACAAAGAUCCCCUCCUCAUCGAUGGCAUCCUGAUCUUUCUUGGUCUGCUGUGAUACAUCAGAAUUUAAGAUGCAGAAACCGCCUUUUGACUUGGCUAAUUAAGUCGUCCCCCACCACGGUUCUCCUGCCCUCCACCUUUGUCCAACCUACUGGGCUAAAUUAACGAGUGGUUUACUGAGGUUGAUGUUGCAUCAUCAUCUGAGGUCACAAGACACGGCUGAUAUUAUUAACUCUGGCAGACUCAACGCCUGAUUGAAAUUAAUGAUGGCUUCUAUCUUCCAUUCUGUCCCACUUGUGCCCAUUAGAUAUUUAACGAUAGUCCAUGUCUCAUUUCUGCCUGGAAAUAUGGCUUUAGAGUAACUGAAAUCAGAUUCAUGCUUCACCAGGACAGAUUAUGAGCAGGCUGAGGUGAGUCACUUUGACCCGUCUAUUUGAAUCAGGUGUGGGGGAUGUAAAGGAGACUAACCCUUUUGAGGUUAGUAACAAGGAGAAGAGGAGAUUUUGUUAGAUGUGUGUAAUCUCAAUUUCAGGCCUGUGAGCGUGACUAGUAACGACCUCUCUACGUUCUAUAUGACGCAUAAGGAGCCACCAACAGCCCAGUAGGCUUCAAAGUGGGAAGUCAAAGGUGCAUCGCUGCUCUUCAGCUACCAGAAUGUUAUGGGGGUUGGAGGGCAUACAGGACAAUCCCCUUAGGCUUCUAAUUGGUGAACCUUUACUUUUAUAAAGCCCUGAUCUAUUCUGGCUUUUUGCUCAUAAUCAGCUGGCAGCUCCCCUGUAUGUUAGGUCCAAGGAAUCACUAAUCAAUUAGUUCUAGAUUACCACCACAGGCUAUGCAGCGGUGGAAGCUUUUUAAAAAUAAUGACUUCAUUUGAAAGGACAGAGAAUCGAGCGGAGGUUACCUGCUCACACCCUCAAGGCCUUAAGGAAUAACAUUAGCUUAGUUAUUCAUAAGCACAGUGUGUCCACAUUAUUCAUUUCUGUCCAGCCCAGUGGUCUUUGUGCGUGUGUUUAACUCUACUGCUUUACUGCAAGAUGCUAAAAGCUAAGCCUGAGAAAGCAAUGCAGAGAUGCGUGGGACAUGACAGCAGGGGCAGCGAGCGAAGGCGGAAAAGUCGCUCUUUGAUUGUUUUUCCUUUUUUCUGCUCUGUUCUGUUUGUACAAGUUCAGGUUACCAACACAGUGGAUACCUGUUACAACACAGUUCAUCCAGUGACCAAGCCUUGCUCCUUCUCAUCAACUAACACACUGGCUAUAUACUGUAGGCUUCAUUGUGUAAUUUUUUUUUCAGAUGAUAGCAGGGGCUUUGAUUCCCUGAUUCUAGUUCUUAUGGGCCACAAUACACAAGACUGAUGGAUGUACAGACACUGUAUCCCUGUGACUGCCUGGGUGUCUUCUCUCCAAAACAGCCACUUAGCAAUGGUGAGUGAUGCUCCUGACAGCAUUACUGUACAUAACAAUUCAUGUCAACAUCACAAAAACUUGAGAGGUUUCUGUCCAGAGCUGAAUCCAAGAAAUACAUUGCAUUAGGUACAGUGAACAGAACCAGUCCAGCCAUUCUCUGGGCAUCUUUUCCCCAGGUGGGGUCACAGAGGGUCUAAUGCCAUAAAACACAAGACACUGUCAGGAUUAUGGUCUUGCAGAUUAACAGGUACCGAGGGCAGAGCAGCUGUAGUGAGAAGGCAACAGGGUUUUAAUGAAUCUGAAAGAACUAGACAGAUAGUUUCCAUAUGUCUUGAACUAACUCCUGGGCAUUUUACACUGUUCUAGAUAAUAUCACCGGCUGCCUCUGGGACUCAUUGCUACACAAGUUUGGUUUCUCAUUUCACUUCAGUGAGUUUCUUAAGUUCAGGCUUAUUGAAAAACACAAAUCAAUAGACAUGGAAAAUCACAUCUGAUUGCCUCCCUUUGGAGUUGUGUCUGCUCUUCCUGUGAACUCUGACAGAGGAACUAUAGCCGUCUAGUUCCAUUGGGAUGGCAGUCGGGCCUGUUCGUUCCUGAUUAAUUAGAUAUUGGUAUCUAUAUGAGGUCUGUAGUAAGUACACAGACCCAGUCGUUAUAUUAUCCACAUUAAAGCAUUGUGUGGUUUUCCCACUUAGAGGAGUAAUGCUGCAGAUGCUGAUCAACUACUUUUUGUCUCUUUCCACAAAAACCAGUAAGAAAUUGUGAUGAAAGUAAUUUUACUUUAAGGUCUUUGCUCUAUAUUUAUCUCCCCUAACAGAGUUGUGCAUUCUGCUAAACAGAGUAAUAUAUUUAUGUUGUAAACAUGUAAAAUAAUAUUUUACAUCAGAUACAUUUAAAAUCUGCAGGUUGGUGCAAUUGAAUGGAUGGACAGUCCUGCUUUCCACUAUAGGGCUACAAAAGUCUGGCCAGGACUAAUUUACAGUCCAUUAAAUUCCGCUGGAAUUGAAGAUUUAUCGUGUAUUUUGUUUUUUGAAGUCUACAUUUAACUUUCUCUCAUGCCUUAUAGACACAACAAAACUGCUGAAUAUGUAAAUCUAAUUAUGGCACAGGACGACAGCGCUAAAGCAGGUUAGCAGUUGUGGCCUGUCGCUAAUCCUCACAAGCAGAGCCAGACCUCCAGGAGGCUGACGCAGACGUUGAACUCAGGCCGUACAGAAAUGCUGGAGUCUCGGUCCGACGGACGGGUCCACAACCUGGGUCCUAAUCAUUUAGAUCACUGGGUUCCCAGAAGUUGCUGGAGGCAGUUUGCACACGGCAAGGAACGGCUUGAACGGCUCAUCUGUGCACGUUCCAUUCAGGUGAAAUCCAGAGCGACACAACGUCACAGAUACAAACAAGGAGGUUUGUUAAAUGAGCUACAAACCGUCCAGAGUCGCAGUAACUGAGUGCAACUAGUCAAACUACCUACGGUAUGAGAGCUGUCUAUCGAUUAGUUCAACCACAGCAGACGAGGCUUCCUUCAUGGUUUACAGUGAGACACAGUGAAUACAUUGGUAUUUUCUAACUUCAUGAAAAACUCUUAAGUUUAGAGUUUUUCUACCGUAAAAUGCUGAAGCUCUAAACAGCUUCCUCUAAAUAGUAUUUUUUUAGAAGCUGCUUUUAGGGCAUGUUAUGUCCCUGAGUGAUUUAUUAGUUUCUAACUUAGAGCUACACAGUGAAUUCAAUGCCUUAACCUCCUGCGCUCCACGACCAAUUGACCUUGGCCCUGGCUAGUUUUACUAGCUCUAAAGAGGAAGCAGAACUGGGCUUUCACUGCAAAACAGUGUUAUCUGCUGUUGUGACUGAGUUAUUAGUCUGUUGAUUCAUUUGUGGGUUGACCUGAUCUAUUGAUCCUUCGACUCGCGGUCGAUGGAAGGAGAGAGACUGACGGAGGGAGCGAAACCGACAACAAACGUGGAGGAGUAUCUACCGGUGGCCAACUGUGACAAACACACACACACACACACACACACGCACACACACACACACACACACACACACACACACACACACACACACACACACACACACACACACACACACACACACACAAAUGUAGAGAAUCAAUGAAUAUACUGUACGUGUUUGAUUAGAUUAGAGUAACACUAUAUGAACAUGAAGCGUAAGAACACAAGCAGCAUAUAGCGUCCUACCCAUAACACAGUAUAUUGAUAAAACACACACAUUUAUACUCUGUUCACACAAACACAACACGUUCACACCUGCCUACACAAAAUGUGGACGUAAUAUUUUUAUCCACGUUUACAGACACAAACGGUCUUCAAGUGCCCAAACGGCGAGUUUCAUGUGCAGGUGGAGCGGAACCAAGCAUCUGUAGAAAUGAACUGCUUUGUUUUUUUCUGCUGGAUUUUUGUCUCCUUUUCUCGACUUUUGGUGUUUUUUGAUCUUUUGAACUUUUACAAUCUGUUCUAAUCUUGUUAUGUUUGUGUAUGUUACAAUGAUAGUGUUUCUUGUGAAUGUCAUAUUUAUAGCUGUCACGGCUCCCUCUGAUCGGUCUGACUUCCAAUUUACAACUAGUAAUAAUAGUGACAUAAGGUUUUCAAACAUCUCAUUGCAUAAGACAAAUAUACAGAAUAUUCAUGUUUUAUUCACUUCAGGCUUUGGUCAGACUCACACACACCCAGGAGAUUAUACACAAUCUCCACAGCCACCUUGAGAGCCGAUAAUAUGCCUGUCACACUGAAGCUGUUGUCAGCGCUGGCCUUUUCAAGGACCUUGUUUCGCGGUCCCUCUUAGGGAGAGACAGAGGAAUAUCAGCAGGAUGGUGUGAGUGUCCUUUUCCAAGAUCAAACCUGCUCUGCUUCUUGAAUAAUAACCGAGUAAACGCAUGUUCACACGUCUUAGCUGCUUUUAAAAACCUGUGGCAUCUGACUGUGCAGCUCUGCAUUAGUGCAUCCUCAUGUGGACACCAACCACGUUCGUAGUGUGGGUGCAUGCGUGCGUGCGCGUGCGUGUGUGCGUGCGUGCAUGUGUGCGCGUGCGUGUGUGUGUGUGUCUGCGUGUGUGUGUGUGUGUGUGUGUGCCUGCCUGUGUGUGUGUGCCUGUGUAUGUGUGUGUGUGUGUGUGUGUGUGUGUGUGUGUGUGCGUGCGUGUGUGUGUGUGUGCGUGCGUGUGUGCGUGCGUGUGUGUGUGUGUGCGUGUGUGUGUGUGUGUGCCUGGGAUUGAGGGAUUUUGCAGUGAAGGUCUGCUCUAUCGCAGGAGUGACAGCAGAGCCUGGAUAUCUGAAGAAUUUCUAAUUAAUCUGCCGUUGGGUCUGCAGGGCUUUCCAAUAAGGCUGUGCACUUUCACUCACCCGCUGUCACUCACUCAUGUAAGAGCGCCCACUCUCUCUCUCUGUAAAACAAGCUGACUUUGUAAUGGCACGCUACCUGCUUGGUAAACAGUCCAGAAUGGAAGCGAUGGGAUGAACGUGGAUCUUAUGAGGAGCUGGUGCUGUACCUACUGCACUGUAGCUGUCUGCCUUCACCUGCACCAACAGUGCUGCAACUACGCAGCUAUUCAUUUAUGCAUGACACAAAGACAUGUACAGUGGACAAAGAAUCCUCCAGCUCCCUCUCUCUCUGUUCUCCAUGUUGACCAGAGGCCCUGGAGCAGUCUGGGUGUAACCAGCCCUGCAGCUUGGCUUUGCCUGCAUUUGUACAACCAGUGCACCGAGUAGGGGUCACCCACACAGUGCUGGUGACUAAGAGCGAAGGAAAGAGGUUCAGUGGCGCUUGUCUCACACAAUGAGGCCCAGACUGAAGCGCCGUGGAGUCGGUGCUGGUUGGGCUCCACAGGUCGCACUAAUCCCUCUGUCACAAUGACCUUGAAACACAUCACUGUGAAGGAGUUUCUAGUUAAUCUGCUGGAUGGAGGCUCUCUCAUGCUCUCUAGUGUCAGAGGCACCAAUGUCCCAGAUACUGACCAGAACAAUCAAAUAUUAGAUCAGCAGUGAGAGCAUCACUUAAAUAGUAGCUGCUUUGAACAGAACCUCUGGAAAACGGCUCCCUGGAGCAAACGCUCUGCAAAUCCUGAGGCACGGAGUGGGCCGUGCGUUUAAAGCAGGGGUUUGUCUGGAUGGAGAGACCAUGAGUGAUGUUAAUGUGAAUUCCUGAGGUUUCAUUCCAACGACAACGGUUAAUGCGGCGUGAGAGUUUGUCGCGUCCGCUUUCCCUAAGUGAACAGUGAGCGUACAGUGCGAUCGAUGCAGCCGUCAGCCUCCGAGCUGCAUCUGACACAUCCUGACAUCCUGUCUCCAGAUCGCUUGGGUCUGAGGUCUGGGCACUUACUCAGACUCGCUGUGUGACUCGGUGCUUCUGCCUGCUCUUCACGUACUUUAAAGCUCAUUUCCUUUUUUAACAGCAUAAUUAUUUCCACUGAUGUUUUAGAGAUGACUUUGGAGAUAAGAUGCCUCAGAAUGUCUGGUGUUAAAUGUUGGAGCAGAAUGUCAGCUUUUUAAAACUGACCCCAGCUCAUAUUUAGUGAAUCCUUCAAAGAGGACGUUACACAUUGAGUUAAAUUGUUUCCCAGGACGAUCCAUUGAUCCUCCUGAGCUAUGUGCCCUCUGAUUUAGAUUUAAGGGUCUAAUGUGGAACCUGUAUUGUUUCAUGUAUCAUUUUAUUCUAAAAACAUCUAAACAUCUGUUUACAUUUACAUUUUUUGUUACAUUUGAUUUUGCUCCUCUCAGCAUUGUGGGUGAAUGUCACAGGUCCUCGGUUGCUCAGCGAUUACAGGCCGCAGCAGCGGUUGCCGUGAGCGACGGGUGGAACAGUCAGGUUGCUAGGUAGCAGAUAAGAAAACAAGCCUUUGUUAAUUGCCUCCUAACACUUUGCAGGAGUGAGGUAGUGGAAGUACAGGAUGCAGGAUUGUAGUUAUCGCUGCAGCGUGAGGGCACGUUUACACUCAAACACGCACAGACCUUAUUGCUACAGGCAGCACAGAGGACUGUUAAUGUAAAAAACACACCAGCGUCUAUCAAUUAGACGGCAUAAGAGGAUGAACUGGAGCAGAGACAGAGAGCGAGACACAGAGGACGCAUUCGGACUCAGAGAAGAAGUUACAGCACGUUCAUACUGAAGUAAAUAAGUGGAGUUCACUUGAACUGGGACAAAGAACUGAAGUCGGGCCCAGCUUUGGAGUGAACACACUGGCAAACAGGUCAAAUCCUCUUCUUCCUGUGUGUUGUUGACCCGUGUGGACAGCCAUGAAAACGUGCCGGAUCAGAACCUCAAAGAGGUAAACAUCAAACAGCCGGCGCCGGGAGGGACGCGCUCCUCAAAUCUGUUUCCCCGCGAUGAAACGUGAGUGUCGUUUCUUUUACAGAUGAAGGCUAAUUCACAAGAUUUUCUAGAAAAUUGCCCCUUUAGGCGGUGAAGUCACCCCCAUUAUGUGCUCAUGAGAUAACGUGUGUGCUCCUCUGACAACCACACCGUGAUUCGUUUGAUUGGAUGAGACAGUGUUGGUGUCGUGUGCUGUGCUGAUGCUCUUCAAAGCUGCACUGUGAAAAAUUAAAUACCAUCACGGCUUCAGUUUUUUUCUGCAAACAGGCCUGUGAUUUACAAAACUACCUCAUUAAACAGCCAAGCGAACGCUCCGGUCAACUCUCAACCUGUAUUAUGAGAAACACAGCCUGUUUUACAGCCCUCUCGCGUGUAAAUCUGCCUCAUUAAACCAAAAGCGAAGCUGUGGCUCAUCUGUAAUCCACAGGGAAUGGUUUGGGAGACAGGUCCGGAGCCUCGCGUGGAAUCGAAUGUGGCCGCCUCCUCCCGGUGCCUCGUUCCCCGUUCACCUUAACAACUAAUGGGAGCUCUCUCAACUUCUGACUCCCACUCAAUGCUGCUCGCGGCUGCAUAAAAGCUCCAUAGAAGCUGAGCUGCAGCUCAGAAGACAGAUGCUGUUGGCUUGAAAAUGGGUUUGAGACAAAGGAUGGAGCGUCAUAGAAACAAAACAGAUCAUAUUCAGAGUUGCUGCCUGAGCGCUGUUUCUGCACGUUUCUUACACAUUGAUACGCUCAGGUCUCUCACAUACUUAAGUGAUAGAGUAAGUGUACUUUAUACACUGGAGGGAACUCGAAGGAGAAGUAAAUAAAACAGCAGGAACCACUGUGAGUACAAGGAAGAAAUGGAGUAGAAGGAAGAGGCAAAGAGAGAGACGAAGGAGAGAGAUGGAUGUGAAACCAGCAGCGAAUAGAAACUACGGACCUGAACUCAACCUAAUGGGCCCGGUUCGACCGGGUUCGACCAAAUCUCUGCUGUUAGAGAGCGAAUGAAUGAGGGUCAUGGGCCACGCAGUCAGAGACCGAGCGGCUGGUUGUGACUUGGAAUUCCAGUUUUAAAAAACAAACUAACGAGGAACGGAGACGACAGAAGGUCACGACUGAAGCUGCCAAAGGUUCCAAAGAUCAGGGAGGCGUUCGCGGGUCUGAGCAAGAAGACGUGGAACAGUGAAAUGCAGAAGCGUCAGCAGUAAAAAUAAGAGCAGCGACGCGUACGGUUCUGAUCAUCGCUCCCCGUCUUCCUUCGGCGCCGUCUUCGGGAGCAGCGAACCCUCAGCCACCGUCCACUGUCUCCAAUGGAAGGCGACAGAGGCGGCUGUGAUGAGCAGCUUGAACAGUGAGUGAGGACGGGACCGUUUGGACACAGAUGGAGGGAGAGGCUUGAGUGCAGUUUCUAAACACUGUUCCACGGCUCCCACUUUGUCUCCAUCACGCUGCCUUGUCUUUGUCUGUCUCCUAAAGCUGGAGGGGGGUGCGUGUCAUCUGUUAUGGUUAAUGGUAGUGAUUGAACAUGAGUUUGGGUCCGUGCUCCUCUCCUGUCUCACACGAGGCUUGUUUUGACGGCCACUUGCUCUGAGUGGACAGUGAGGAGGCUGCGGCUGUAAUGAAAACACGCUUAUGUGGAACGAGCCUCAACCGCGUCGGGCUCCGUGGUCCCGACCGUCCACCUGGGCCUCGGCCCCACGCCCAUAGCUUAUCAUUAGACACAGGAUGUGAACAUAUGCUUUUUGUUUUACUGUUAUAACAUAUCGUCUCAAAUAGUUGACCUCAAUAGUCUUAACUUUUAUGCUCGAUAGCUUUAAUCUAUGUAAACAAUAUAGUUCCAGAAGUUUUUAAGAAAAAAACUGGAGUAAAAGCUGCUUGACAGUGUUUCCAUUGAUAAUCAUGUGUGAAGAUAGGACAUAGUAAAGCAGCCACUACACGCAAUAACAACAAGCCAUGCCUGGAAAACAAAGGAGAUCUCAUGAUAUGCAGAGCAAAUUGAAGCAGACAGUGGUUUAUAUAAGAAAUGCAAAGCUGGACCAGCAGCCGUGUCACUGCAUUAACAGUGUUAUCACCCACAUGUCACUGGGUGGAAUGUGAUCUCUCAGCUUCCCGCUUGCAUCACACCACAAAUGAUGUGUCACUUUUAGUGUAAAGUGACAUUUUAGCAAUGUGACAGUUAGCACAACAGAAAGGCUUCCGAUGAUGAGCGUCCGCAGCCAAUUCAGCAGCAUGUGAACACUUUGUAGCACAUAGAAUCAUGGGAGGACGCAUGAAUGCAGGACGGGGGUGUGAAUUUGUCAUGACUGGAAUUAACAUACGUUCAGAGUGAUUAAUUACCCCCGGCCACUCGUCACCCACCUCCAGUCUCAUAAACAUAACAAUGAGCGUCUCCACAGAGCAGAUGUUCUCUCCUUUACUUGGAAAUGACUUAGAGGCUGCAGCUUGAAUUCAAAGCCGCAGGCGUUGGGUCACAGUGGAAGUGAGACUCAAUGUAUGUGUUUGAGACACGGUGUGAAACUUCCGCUCCUUUAAUCGAGAUGUUCAUCCCUUAUCCCUCAGGUUUGUGUGUUAGUUCAGACGUGAUGGAUCAUCAGCCUUGGAACUGACUCACCUUAGCACACAGGUGUUGUAUGGUACAAGCCACACACCUUGUUAGAAGAACCCCAUCUCCACCGUAGCUGGACUCAACCUUCCCACAACGCGUUUCUAAUAUUGAGACAUAUAAUUGUGUUUCAUGAGCUGCCGUAUGACCUUAAUCAGCCUAAUCGGCCUUUUCAGAGCAGCUGUUGCCAUGGCAACGGCCCCAGGUGACACGCUGGUGGACUACAAAUCCAGGACGUGUUCUCACGUCGCUGAGCAAUCGACCCCAUCGCAAUUAGUGACCAACAAUAGUUUCUGUGGAGUGAUCAUUUGUGACCCAACCAAUCAGCACGCUUUCCGCUUCUCAUCUUUGGGGAAAACUGUCUCUUCAAAGCUAAUUCUGGCUUUUGACUGAGCCUGGCUCAUCUGUGCUGGUUCUCCAGCAGUGUCACGCUCCUGCCGUCCUCCUGCCUCCCCCUCAUUUUCUCCAUUGUACUAAUCACAGCCAGCCUAAUGUACUGCCAUUUUAAACCCAAGAUGUAUAAUUUGGCCUGUUAGCUGAUGUGUUCAAUAACUGGUCAUCACACUUUUCAUGUCUGGAGUCAUGAGUGGGGGCAGUAGGUCAGUCCUUCAGAGUGGGUGGAUCAAGGAUUCUAGUUCAGGCCUGUCACAGCAAACACCCAACCUUCUAAAAACAAACUAAAGCUUGUCAUACAAACAUAUUCACAUGAAUAUGUUUGUAUGGAUCAUCAUAACUGCAUAUAACCGUGUGUGUGUGUGUGUGUGUGUGUGUGUGUGUGUGUGUGUGUGUGUGUGUGUGCGUUUAGAGUUUUAGAGGUUUUCGUACAGGAAGUAGUAAAGUUUAUAUUUUAUGGAUGAAAGCAGAAGAGUCACACGCAGAAGCUACAAAAAUAUACAGUAAUCUAGUGAUAAUGAUAUCUGUAAACAGCAGGUUGCCACUGACUUUGCUUCAUUCGUGCUCCCCAGGGGAUAAAUCCUUUGACAUUUUCAUUUUCCUACAGCACCUCAUCGUCAGAGCUUCAUUCUGCGAAGCACGUUCCCGUUGUUGAGUGCGGUGUGUGUUGCCGCCUCAAGGGUCCAUUAGUGAAACACUAAGUCUUGUUAAUGUUAUUUACAGUCGUAAUCGCCGCCUGUAGAUGACAGGGUUCCACAUCAAAACGCUGCUUCUCUGCUGCAGCGUCACGUCUCCACUUAAAUGAGUCCUAAAAUACAGCGUCUUAUGUCACAUUAUAAGACAAGUCUCUCCCGAAUGAUCCCAAGGUUAAGCAAUGCUGAAACUAUCUCCACAUAUAAGCUGCGUUUGUUACAUCAGACCCAGUUUAUUAUUAUUAUUAAUGAGUGACAAAAAGCAUUUGGAAAACAGAACUGGUCCUGGUUCUGUGUUACGGUUCUGGCCGUUCACCAUUCAGGCCUCAGUGGACACAAACAAGAUCUUUAUUAACAUUCAUGCGCCUGUUUUGAAGGUGUCGCUGCGUGAAGUGACAGAUCAGAGGUCGACCGUGACGCUGUAAUGUGACGCGUGGCGCCGGACGUUCACACCGCUGAAAUGUGAAUGCUGCUGUGAAGCCGCUGAUCCUGCAGCAGCAGCAGCAGCUGUUUCUGCCCGGCCCACGUGGAUCACUGUUCACUGUUGCAUUCGUUCACUUGUUUUCAAGCUUUAAUCUAUUUCCAGUGUGAUUUUACAGCGGUUUGGUUGCCUGUUCAGUGGGCGGUGAGUGAAACGAAGGCAAACAAACAAGACAAAUCUGUGAAUUUUGUACAAACUGUAGGAACUAAUGACUGUUUUUCUACUGAGCCUGUUAUUGCUAUAUGUUUCUUUGGUUGGGGGUGGGAGGCGAGACUGAUGCUCUGUGUGUGGAGGGUGGAGGGAGGACACGUUUCUGUCUGGUCAGGGACCGUGCAAUUAUUACUUGUAAUUAUUAAGAGAAUCCAGAUUAUAGAGGUGGAAAAAAUGUCCCUUAUGACAAACGAAAUAAAGUGUUAUAUUUGCAUGAUUUCCUGUACUUUCAUCCAGCAGAUAUUUAUGGUUGUGUAUACUAGUAUGUAUACCCAGUGUAUGUACAUCACAUUAAUAACUGUUUAUUUAUGAAAAUGGAAAA